AUGGAGAACUGGGUAAAACGAGCCUGGGUGAGGGUCCAGUCAUUCUUUCUCCGCCAACACUACCACGGAGUCUCGCAAAAUCGCAAAAAUGAGAGUGGAGCUGAGCUCUGCGCUAUUCAACGUCCAGACCCAGCUCUCACUUUCUCUUCCAAUCUCAAAAAAGUGCAGUCCACUCCAACAACUCAAAUCCACGAACAAGACACUUUACUCCAGAGCUCAGGCGAACAGAUAUCGGUUGAACCUAUUCAUAAUCCCUCCGAUAUUCAACACCCCGGUUGGAUUUCCGGCGUUAAUCUCUGCGCCAAAAUCGCGUCGGGUAUUCUAUUCAUCAAUAUCAUCUUCAUAGCCGUGGCGGCCGGGCUGGCAAGGAAACACCCCACCUCGCUCCAAUUUUCAACCUCGCAGGUAUUUUAUGAGGGCAGCUGCAAUUUAACAAAACGAUGGAAUGUCGCUUUGCAUUUUAUUAUCAACAUUUUGAGUACGGGGAUUCUGGCCGCUAGUAAUUAUUGCAUGCAGUCGCUUGUCGCACCCACACGGGAGGAGGUUGAUGCGUGCCAUGCGCAGGGAAAGUGGCUUGAUAUUGGUACUGCCAGUAUCAGAAAUCUUUUUUCAAUUGAGAAACGUCGUAUUGUUCUGUGGCUGGCUUUGAUGAUUACCGCCACUCCUUUCCAUUUAUUGUACAACUCCAUGGUUUUCGAGUCUCUGGGUACGAAUUUGUUUGGCACCUACGUUGGGCCUAGGGAUCUGACCUCUGAAAAUAUCGGCCGAUUGACGACUCCCGGUCUCGAAAAAUGCUUCGCAGCUCCGGCCGGCAUUAGUGGCGUUGGAUCAUUCACCUGGGACGAAUUUUCUUCAUACAUCUCAGAUGGGAGCUACACGCGACUUAGCCUGACUGAAUGCGAGAGCAUUGCAACAGACCAGAAUGCAACAGGGACAAAAGCACUCAUUGUUCUAGUCAACGAGAUUUCGGUGAAUGACGGUGGCAAUCAGGCCAUACUAUGGACAGGUGCUUUUGGGGGCCUUCCAAAUAGUAAUGCCGGUACAUUGCUUUCUGGUAUCGAAGGGACCAGAUCUUUUAGUCUCGUCAACACAUCAUCCGAAACCUACGUUGAAUGUACAUCAUGGAAGAACUCUCAAGACGCUUAUGAGCCUGGGGGAACACUUUCCGCUCAAGAGUGUCUUUCAAUCCCCACCGAUGAGAGAUGCCAGUUGCUUUAUAAUCCGCCAAUCUGUAUUAUCAUCUCCCUAACUGCACUGGCAAAGAUAAUGGCAAUGUUUCUUGCAGCUCGAAUCGGUCGUUCCAAAACAGCACCUCUUCUGACUAGGGGUGAUGCAGUUGCAUCCUUUGUAUCAAGGCCAGAUUCUUCGACAGAGGGUCAAUGCUGGUUAUCUAAUAAAGAUGUUCAUAAUGGGGACUGGAAAGUAUUUCAGCAAAACCGCACUGGAAUGCCCCCAAUUCUAGCGAACCGCAGAGGUACCGAAGAGCAGUCAAGAUACAAAAAGCUCGUUCGACGCAAGUGGCAAGUCCAAGUACCAAGCAAAAGGAAAUGGGUGGCAACUCUAUUUUUGUGUUUAUCUUGCAUUGGAGCAGGAGUGGCACUUUUCGAAAUGGCGCUGGGAAGCAUCGACGACGGUGUCACUAGGUCCAGGUCCCUAAGCGCAUCCCGACUUGAAAUAUGGUGGGAAUUAGGCUUCAACGCAGGUUCCUCUAACAUCAUAACUUUAGAAAUGCCGUUAACAAUGCUGGGAUCUGUGGUGCUAGCCAACGUUCCACAACUGGCUCUCACUUUGUCCUAUUAUUGUUAUAAUAACGUGGUGACCGAUAUGCUUGCAGCCCGGGAGUAUAGCUCUUAUGGUGCUUCGCGCAAGCCACUUCGAGUGACCUGGCCUGCCAAGGGCAGUCGGCAACGGUCAACAUACUGGCUGAGCGUACCAUACCAAUACGCCGCACCCAUUUUGUUGAUUUACGGAAUUUUACACUGGCUGGUCUCUCAAAGCAUCUACUAUGUGUUGGUGAUUCCUUAUGACAUGCAGGGUAACCCAAGCUUAGCAAAUAGAGUGAGUGCUCUGGGAUACUCGCCUUUGCCAAUAUUUUUGUCAAUUCUUGUUGGUUCUUUGAUGAUAUGCAUCUUGAUCGGGAUUUCUUGUCAGAGAUUGCAGUCUGAUAUGCCACUUGCCGGGUCUUGUAGCGCUGCAAUCAGUGCCGCUUGCCAUCCCCCCAAAGAUGAAGAUCUGGAUACUGCUAUUCUGGGUCCGAUCAAAUGGGGACAAGCAAUGAGGUCAUCAACAUUGGGGAUGAACCAUUUCAACAAUGAGAUUGAUGAUGAAAACGGACAUUGUAGCUUCACUGCGCUGGAUACGGUGAGACCAAAUUUAACCAAGUUCUAUGCUUAA